AUGUCGGCAGCUGCCAAGAGACUCGUCGUGUGCGGCGGAAGCGGCUUCUUGGGCUCGCGAAUCUGUAAAUACGCCGUUGACAGAGGCUGGGAAGUCACGUCGAUAAGUCGAUCUGGCGAACCUCAGUGGGACGCAGUCACUUCUUCGCCACUCCCACCAUCGUGGUCACACAAGGUCAGCUGGGAGCGCGGCGACAUACUCCGCCCGGCCACGUAUGCGCCGCUCCUCACCGAUGCGGACUACGUCGUGCACAGCAUGGGCAUCCUCCUCGAGGCAGACUACAAAGGCAUCCUGUCCGGCAAGGAAUCCCCCCUGACGGGCCUGCAAAAGAUGUUUGCAACAGUGCGAGAGCGAGGCACGAACCCGCUAGACGGGGGAAGCGGAGAGGACAUCAAGCCGGCCGACCCUACCGACCAGUUUUCCUACGAAGUCAUGAAUCGUGACAGCGCCGUGGCGUUGGCCAAGCAUGCUUCCCAGGGGAAAGCCAGCGCCUUCUGCUACAUUUCAGCCUGCGGAGGUGCUCCCAUCAUGCCUCCCAGGUAUAUCACGACCAAGAGGCAGGCGGAAAUUGCCAUCACCAAGAACUUCCCCCAAAUGAGAGGCAUCUUUAUGCGACCACCAUUCAUGUACGACAACUCGCGCAAGCUCACGCUGGCCAUGGCAGCCAUGGCGGGUGCUGGCUCCGUCUUUACCAAACUCACCGGAAACUACCUCAAGGACUUUAUGGGUGCUGCCGGCACCAAGCCUCUCCAAGUUGACACAGUUGCUGAGGCGGUUGUCGAGGCGCUCCACGACGAAGCUAUCCAAGGUCCAAUCGAGGUGCCGCAAACUGAGCAGCUGGCAAACAAAGGUUGGAGAAAUUCCAUGUUGUAG